GGGCAUUGUAUCAGUGUGGUUGGUUUAAAGGUGACGGUGCACGGUUUGUGUGGACUGGUGUUGCUGACUGAGACUUCAUGACAACACUUCUAGUUGUGAUUACCAAGUUUUCCUAAUUUCUCGUCUGGAUUGUUGCUGAUUUUCACCAAUCGCCUUCAUUGUCAGAUGUAGGCACAUUCUAUGUCCUUAUUGAAUCGUUGGCUCACCCUCUUGUUCUCUUUUCCAGCUUUUCACUUGUACGUUGCUUUCUGCGCUCCUCCAACAGUAUGUUGUAAUGCUUAGUCCUCUUAAUAAUGGCAGCUGUGUUUUUAUCCCGCAUAAUUCCACCCCGAAAACUGGUCCACGAUCUUUUCGUAACUAGCAAAAACCGUUCGAGUAAACUGUUUGAUCAUCAUGACCUGCGUGGCCAAAUUUUACGACGAUGUAAUCGAGGACGUUAUUAGUGGUGUUAAAGAUGAGUUUGUAGAAGAUGGCGGCGAUAUCCAGAUACUUGAAGAACUAAAAAAGCUUUGGAAGUCCAAACUUGCUGAGACAAAUGUUUUCAGCCCGGAGCCUGUCCCUGGAAGUGCUGCGCAAUAUUUGAACCUUUUGCAACGUUCUCAAGUUCAGAUCCAUCCAAGUGUCGUCAAUUCUGGAAAUUCCUCUGUAGGUUUACCAAUGAAGCAGCUAAAUACAGUCAUACGAAGUGGGUCAGAUCAAACAACAGCAAGCUUGCCACUUCCCGGUUCCCUUACAGGUAUACGACUACCUGCAGCACGAGCCUCCAUUGCAGUUCCCACUCAAAUACGCUCACGUGAACCAGUACAGGCUACUCCGUGUCUGACCUCAGUCAUACUAUCAGCUCAAUCGCAAACUCAAAAGCAACCCCAAACAACCAGCAUUCUUCCUGCUGUACUUACUUCCAAUCCAAGUGGAGCUCAAUCCAGACCUAUAACAACUACUAACGUUCAACAAGGCACAACACCUCAACUCGCCACAUUACCUUCAGGUCUUACAGGGCAUCUUGUGCAAAUCGGUCAACAGACUUAUCUUGUCCCUCAACCAUUGACAGCAGUCCGUCAACCUAGUGUUCAUCUGGCCGUCCCUCAGUUUAUGGGUAAUCCAAGUGUUGCAACUAACAGUUCAAUGGCUUCUGAUUCCAAACCUUUUACUGUUUCGGAUCUUGGACAGUUUAAACAAACACAGGUUGAUGGUGUCCACGAUAGCGAUGACGAAAAGUUCUGUGAUACUCCUGUAUCACAAUCUAUGAGCAUUCCUGAUAAUCGAAAGAAUCAAAACAGUGGACAACAUAGUUAUAAUGAUAGUGUAGCAUCUCAUACCCAUCAUGGUUCAGAUCUAGAAGAUGACGAUGACGAUGAUGAUGACUUAGUCCCUGCCACUCCUGGUUUCACUCCACAUUCAUCUGUUUUAUCUCACUACAACACCGGUCGUUAUGCGAUGGAUACUCCAAGAGAUAUGGGUGGGGGAACGCCGCUUGUGAGUGCCCCACCCACCCCUAUGUCCCCACCUUCCCUACCAGUCCCAGCAGGCCACUCACACCCUGGAAAACGGUCUUCAGCUACUCAUCCACUUCACAGUGCACAAACAUCUGCCUCAAAACGUCCACGGAAUUCACCAUACCACGAGAAGAAUACAGAUACUGAUGAAUCUGAGGGUUGUGAUGAUGGCGAUGAUCCGGAAAUAACAACUAUCACUACACAAGUCAACCCAAACGAAGCAUUUGUAGCCAACUACGGAGAUACUCUUGAUCCUAAACGAAAACUGAAUCAAACGAAGCAAAAACCUAAACAUCGUCCACAACAAGAUAGGAAUUCAGUCAGUCCCAAAAACAGUCGUAUGACGAAACAGUUUUCAUCCCCAACUGAAUCAGAGCUUGGUGUUCCAGAUCAAAUGGAAUUUCUCGAAGGAGAUCCUCUAAAAGCAGAAGAGGAAGGAGAAGAAGAUGAAGAAGAAGAGCCUCUAAAUUCAGAGGAUGAUGUGAGUGAUGAAGAACCUGAAGUGCUAUUCGAGUCGGAUAAUGUUGUCGUUUGUCAGUAUGAUAAAAUUCAUCGAGCUAGAAAUAAAUGGCGUUUUCAUUUAAAAGAUGGAAUAAUGUCCAUUAAUGGUCGGGAUCAUGUUUUCCAAAAAGCUGUCGGUGAAGCGGAAUGGUAGUUUGAAUAGAAUGUAUUUAAUUACUAACUAGUUCUUUUUCAAACCAAAACAAUAUUGUGGAAUGUUUAAGUCUGGUUAUUGUUCCCUCUGUUGCCCGAUGUAAUUAUGUUUAACCACUUAUAUUCCAUUGGUGCAAACGUGUAAACCUUUUUAACCGACACUAAUAACAAUGAUUGUAUGCUUCUUUUUUUAAAACCAACUUUAUAUUCUGUAAAGAGAAAAGAUAACACUACUGCUUCAUUUCAAUUCUCGCACUUUAUAGUAGUACUUUAAAGUACAUUGAUAGUCAUUUGUAAAGAAAUAAAAAAAGAGAAUCAAUUCAAAAUUUCUAUUAAAAAAAAAAUAAUCUACAGAUUGCACAAUGAAAAAUAAAUAAAUGUUGAUAAAAGUUGAUAAAUCUUCUUCUUCUCAUGAAUUAAUUAUAUAUAAUUAAAAUUUUCUAAUUGUGAAUUUGAAAACUAUGACUUUUUAUUCUUUUCACCUUUCAUUCUGUGUUAUAAUAACAUUUCAUAUGAUAAUAAUAAAGAUAUAAAAAGCUUCUAGUUUAUUGUGCAUAUAUUAUACUCAUUACUACUACUACUACUUUAUUACUGGACAAUUCAAAUUUUAUUGUGAUGAUUAUCUAUUUGUUUGUGUAUUUGUUUUUUUUUCAAAACAAGAACAUUUUUUUCUAAUGACUUGAUUAAAAUUGUUUAUAAUGAUGAUGAUGAUGGUGAUUUUAUGCUCUUCACUGAUAUAUAUAUAUAAAAGGUGUUUUAAGGGAUUUCUGUGGUGUUUCAAUUCUUAGACUGUCUAAUAUUUCACUAAAUGAAAAACAAAUAAUAAACUGGG